CUUUAGUUUCAAGAUGGCUGAAAAGUAAAUACAGAAAUUCAUCUUUUAUGUUUAUUUUCUACCCGGCGUACGAACAGGAGUUCAGUCGUUAGAUAUUGUACGAAGACCAUUCAUGUCCGUAACCGUAGAAACUUUUCCUUAAAAGAAGAUGUAUGGAAAAGAUUGGUUUAUUCAGGAUAAUAUAGAAAUCUGAUGUUUAGAAGAAGAAGAAGAAGACAUGAAUAAACAUUUGAAUAAUGUUUAAUUACAACAAACCACGUAGUAAACUAACAUCAUUACAUAGAGAGCAAGACAUUGUAUUAGGAUCGGAACAUCCACAAGUUGUAUUAAGACAGACACAUUCUAAUGAAUACAAUAUGAGGAGAUAUAAUCAACCAGCAGACUUCACACUCAAUAAUUUUGCAGAAAAGAUUCCUAUUCAUUCUCGGGGUGGUAAAAGGCAAGUUAUACCAAUACAAGCAUGUGCACCUGACCUAGGAUCAGCAGAUGUAGUCGGUGAUGAAGAAGAUGGGGGUAUUAGACCAAGACAACUCUCAUUUCAACCGAAAUUACGACAUCCAGCAUUUCUUCCCGGUGAUCGUGUUAUAUUUGCUGAAAGUCCGUCAGCACCAGGAAUACCUGUUAUAUAUAGAACACCUGAAGAACGAACUACUAAUCCUGACAGACUUAAUUUGGACAGACGAAAACUAAAAAUGUGCCCAAUAUUAGAAGGAGAAGAACAGUUACGCCUGUUGAACUAUCAACAUAAUCUUAUUUCUGAAAUACAGCACCUUAGCUUGUUAAAACGUCUCAUAUUUUUAGAUCUGUAUGAUAAUCAUAUUGAAGAGAUCUCAGGACUUAGUGGUCUUAGAUCUUUACGUGUUCUCAUGCUGGGUAAAAAUAGAAUUAGAAAAAUCCAGAAUCUAGAUUCUUUGGUGAAGUUGGAUGUGUUAGACUUACAUGGGAAUCAGAUCAGUGUAAUAGAGAAUUUAAAUCACCUGGUAGAAUUAAGAGUUUUAAAUCUAGCUGGUAAUCUCAUCGUUAAUGUAGAUAAUCUGACAGGAAUGGAUGCCUUAGCAGAAUUAAAUCUUAGAAGAAACCGUAUACAAUCUGUGGCAGAUGUAGAUAACUUGCCUAAUCUACAGAGGUUGUUUUUAAGUAUCAAUGAAAUAAAUAGUUAUGAAGACAUAUCAUGUCUAGGUGAUUCCCAUUGUUUAUCAGAAAUCUCUCUUGAUGGUAAUCCAUUAUGUCAGGAUCAGUAUUAUAAACAAAUUAUAUUACGACAUAUGCAACAACUUAAACAGUUAGAUAUGAAGAAAAUCAGUGAAGAAGAGAGAAGAAUAGCUCUAGUAAUGGCCAGAAAAGAAGCAGAAAAAAGACGAGAGACUAAUAAACUAGCUGUCAUGAAGGUAGAUUCAUUCAAAUCCUAA